AUGAUUUCUAAAACCCAGUUAAUUUAUGAUAUUGAAGAUCCGUUAUGUAUUAAAAAUGCGAUUAUUGUAUUAAAUUAUUUUUCAAGUUAUGGAAAAAUAGAAGAAUUAUUUUUAUGGGCAUUUAAAGAAGAAAAUUGUAAUUUAAAAACAGCGUAUUUAGAAGAAAAAAAUGAAGUAGAAUUUAAUAGAUUUUAUUCAAUAUUUAGUCGAGUAUAUUCAUUACAAGAAAUCAAUGAAUUUCAAAGAAAUAUAUGUAAACCAAUAAUUGAAACACCAGAAUAUUUUGAACAACUUAAUAUUGAAUUAUUAAAAAGUCCAAAAGAAGAAUUUACAGAAGAAAUGAUAGAAAUAUCAAAUCAAUCAUUAGGGACAUUAAGAGAAAUUAUAUUAACAAUGACUGAAUCAAUGAAAAAUAAUAUUGAACAAUUACCAAAAGAAUAUUGUUCAAUAUUAAAAUAUAUUAUUGAACAUGAAACUGUUAAUUUAAAUAAACAAGAAAUUCAAAAAAUAUAUGAAGAAUUAUUUGCUGUUUUUAUUCAACAAAAUAUUGUUCCUUUUCUUCAAAAUGAAGUUUUACUUAGAAAGAUGUAUAAAAACGAAUUAAUCGAUCAAAAUAUUAAUAAGAUUAAAUUCAUUGCUGAAACUUUUAAAACUUUCGGAUUUAAAUCUAAUGAAAGUUGUGUUUUAUUACUUAGAAAUUGUAUCGACGAAAAUGGUCUUUCUGAAUUAUUUAAUAAAAUUAUUAAUCAAGCUGAAAUUAUUCAACAUCCUAAACCUUUAAAUAAAUUAAAUAAUUUGAUUUUAUUACUUCACUCUUCUAUAUUACCAAUUAAAAGAAAUUUAAGUCAUGAAGUUUCUGCUAAAUUAUUAAAAGCUUUGGAAAUACCUGCUUGUUGUUAUGAUGAUUUUUUAGUUUAUAAUAAGUUAAUUCAAAAUAUAGCUAAUUUUACUAUGAGUUAUUACCAUUGUUUUAGAGAAACAUUAGACAAAGCAGAAGCUCAAUCUAAAGAAUUAGAAGAGAUUAAAUCUCAAAUCGAAAAGGCUAAAAAAGAAUUAAAAUCUAAAAAAUUAAAAAAUUGUAAUCUUCAGAUUAGACUUGAUGACUUGAAAAGUAAAAACGAACAAGAUGAUGAAAUGGAUGUAAUGAGUUUCUUACGUGAGAUGGCUAAAGAAAAACAAGAAAAUCAACGUCUUGCUGAAAUCCAUAUAAAAGAAAAGAAAGACAAAAAACAUUCUGAUAAAAAGAAAGAAAAAAGAAAAUCUUUCUUUAAAGACGAAGAAAUUCCCGUUGUUCGUUCAUUAUCUUCUUUUGAAGGUAAAGAUUGUGGUAAAAAUUCUUACUAUAAAAGAGAAAGUUGUGCGUCUGUUUGUAUUGCUGGUAGUAGUGAAUAUGAGGAAAAGAAAAAGAAUAGGCUAUCUAGAUCAUUUUUAGGACUUUUCGAAAAGAAAAAGAAAGAAAAGAAAAGUGGUGAUGAAAGUGGUUGUGAUAGUAGUGUAUUAGAUUCUAGUGAGACUGUAUAUCCUGUUAGUGUUUCCUCAAAUACUCCAUCUCUCAGAUCAAACGUUCAUUUAUAA